AUGGAAACAUCCAAGAAUUUUUUCUAGAGACUUUUAAAAGUAUACCCAAUAAAAGGAAAUAAUAUUUUUACUACAAAUUGGCCAAAAAAAUGUUAAGAAAUUACAAUUCCUUAAAAUGACUAAACAAUAGGAAUACCUAAUUCCGAUUUACACUUGUACGUUAUUUAUAAUAAAGAGAAUGAUGGAACGAAUGCUGAUGCUAUUUAUUGCGCAUUGGCUGAUCAAGAAAUCGAAAGACCUACUUUUGGAAGAGUAAAUUUUAACUUAAGAUAUAUGGAUAAAUUAGGAAAAGAUCAUAAAUCUUUCGAAAAUUAUUUGGAAAUAACUAUUCAUGAAAUUUUACAUGUAAUAGGCUUCUCAGCAAACCUUAUGUACUAUUGGAUAGAUCCUGAAACUAAUGAACCUUAUAAUACUGAUUAUAUUAAUAAAUUAUAAAUAAAAUUAAAUUACAGAGGAUUAAAAACGACACUAUUAACAUCAAAAAAUGUAGUAAAAGUUACUAAAAAAUAUUAUAAUUGUCCAACUGCUCAAGGCAUGUAACUUGAAAAUUAAGGUGGAGUAGGAUCAGUUGGUGCUCAUUGGGAAAGAACUGUUAUUUUUAAUGAAAUUAUGACUGCUGGUGGUAUAACUGUUAAUAUUGCUUUUUCUAUUUUUACAAUUGCUGCAUUGAAAGAUACAGGUUUUUACCCUGAUGUAAAUGAAAAUAUGGCUGAUUAGAUAUAUUGGGGAAAAGGAAAAGGUUGUGAUUUUUUAGAAAACGCUUGUUAAAGUUAAACCUAAUAUCCUGAAUUUGCUUAAAACAUUAAUGAUUAUUAAUGUUCAUUUGAAUAUGAUGGAUUCGGUAUUGCUUUUAUUGAUUAAUAUUCAGACGGAUGUCCUAUAAUUUAUCCAAAUUUCGAUUAAAUAUGUUCAAAUCCUUAUAUUAUAAAUGAUAAAAAUAAAAAAAAUCAAGAAUUAAAAUAAUUAUCUAAUUAUUCAACCAAUAGUAAAUGCUUCUAAUCUUCAGUUUCAAAAUCUUCAUCUAUAAUUUAUAGCGAAAGUAACUUAAGAUGCCAUUAAUUCAAAUGUUCUUCCGAUGCAUCUUAAAUAACUAUUAUUUUCCCCGAGAUUUAACAUGAACUUAUAUGUGGAAUAGAAGAUUAAGGACAAAAAAAAGAUAUUGAUUAAAGUGGUAAAAAAGCUAAAGGUUAAGUCACAUGUCCUUAAGAUUAUAUUAGAUUCUGUAAUUUUACUCCUAUUUGUCCGAAUUUCUGUUCUCAAUAAGGAGUCUGUGUAAGAGGUUAAUGUAUCUGUUAAGCCGGAUAUGGAGGAAUUGAUUGUUCUAUAAAAUGCUCCGGUGCAGUCCAUAAUCAAACUUGUAUUAAAAAUUCAUAAUGUCCUUCAGGUCUAUUUUUGAACCCAGAUAAUACUUGCAAAUCAGAUUGCCCUUAAGGCCUGUUUGGAAGAUAAGGAAAAUGCCUACCCUGUGAUAGUAGUUGUUCUAGAUGUACAGGACCAUCAGCUAAUGAGUGUACUAAGUGUUUGUUUUUGACAUUACUGUAAGAAAAUUAGUGUGUGGAAUAAUGUAAUUAAAAAUAUGGAUAUUCAUUUAAUUAGGCUUCUGGUAAAUGCGAGUCUGAGAUGUCCAGAAUUUGUAAAGGAAAUUGCGAAACUUGUGAGAAAAAAAAUUCUCUUUUGUGUUAUACUUGCAAAAAAGGCUUUUUCUUUUAUUAAGCUGAUAAGUCGUGUUUAAGUAAAUGUCCAUUAGGAUUUAUCGAGUAAUAAAAGACUUAAGAAUGCUAAGAACUCUCUGUUGGUUGUCUUUAAUAAAUUGAUUAUAAUACAUGUAUUUCAUGUGAUACUGUUAAAGGAUAUAGAUUAGAUACGGAUAAAAAAUGUACUUUAUGUAAGUAAAAUUGCAUAUAAUGUAAUCCUAAUGAUGCAACAGAGUGUUUAGUUUGUGAAGGAAUUAAAUUAAAGAAUUAUGACGGUAGUUGUGUAGAUAUAUGCCAAUAAGGUACUUUUUAUUCUGAUAAUAGUAAAAAAUGCGAAAAAUGUAGUGAAAAUUGUAUAUAUUGUGAUGAAAGAGGAUGCUCAAAAUGCAUAGAUGGUUAUUAUGCUGAAUAUAGAACUAAAUAGUGCUUUUAAUGUUCUUCUAAGUAUGCAAAUUGUUUAACUUGUAAUGAUUUCUCAUGUAAAAAAUGUAACCAUGGAUACUAAUUGGAUUCAAUUUAAACGAAUUGUGAAUAAGCCAUUUAAUAAUCUACUUAAGUAGAAUGCCCUUACGGAUGUGAAUAAUGUUCUUAAUAAGGAGAAUGUUAUAAAUGUUAAGAUGGAUAUUAU